CUCUGUUGUGAUUUUAACAUUGUCAACAUGUCUGCCUCCUUGGUGAGAGCGACCGUCCGAGCGGUCAAUAAAAGAAAGAUUUUACCUACAAGAGCUGCGUUAACGCUGACUCCAGCGGCUGUGAGCAAGAUCAGGUUGUUGCUGCAAGACAAACCAGAAUAUGUGAGUAACCGACAUAUCGGUUUGAAGGUUGGAGUGAGAACGCGUGGCUGUAAUGGGCUGACUUACACACUGGACUACACAACAGAUAAAGACAAAUCAGAUGAGGAGGUGCUGCAGGAUGGAGUGAGAGUGUUCAUAGAGAAGAAGGCUCAGCUGACCCUGCUGGGAACUGAGAUGGACUUUGUGGAGUCAAUGCUGUCCAGUGAAUUUGUCUUUAACAACCCCAACAUCAAGGGCACAUGUGGCUGUGGAGAGAGCUUCAACAUGUAAGCCCCCCCGGAGCCUCCGUCCCACCGCAGCCGCCCCGCUCCAAACCCAGUCUCAUCUGAGAGGACUGAGAGACGUCUGCUGAGGAAUUCGGAUGUGAGGAAAUCUUUGAGAUGGGGAAAUCUCCGAGUUCCUGUCACUCUUCUUCCUGCAAACUAUUCACAUAGACUUAAGCAGUGAAAUACAAGUAUGCAUUUUCAUUCUUAGAGAAGCUGAAUU